UUUUAGGAAUGAAGGAAGAACAGGAAACAGGUUACCUUUUUGAAGUAGAUUUAAUUUAUCCAGAAGAACUUCAUGAAAAACACAAUGAUCUACCAUAUUGUCCAGAAAACACAUUUGAUGGUACAAAAUUACCAAAAUUAUUAACUACACUAUAUUAUGAUAAAAAGAAUUAUGUUACUCAUUAUUUAAAUUUACAGCAAGCUUUGAAGGCGGGUUUAAAAUUAGGAAAGAUUCAUAAAGUUGUUAGUUUUUCUCAGUCUGCUUGGAUGCGAGUAUAUAUUGAAAAAAAAUACAAAUUUAAGAAAGGACGCAAAAAAUAUUUUUGAGAAACUUUUUUAUAAAUUAAUGAAUAAUUC